UCCCAGUUGCUGGGCAACGGGAAAAGAGUCACAGAGUCUCAAAGUGUCAUGGGAAAUAUUUGCUGGAGACGCCGCGUGGCUCCUACAACCAAAACUCCCAUUGCAAUCCUCCUCCUGGGUCUCGAUGGUUCAGGCAAAACCACAAUUGGUCACAGUCUCCUCAAAACCCAUCCCAAAAUCCCUCCCAAAGCCACAGCCGGCUGCCAAGUCUUUCCACUCCGAAUCCUCAAUCACUCCGUCGAAGUGACAGAAGUCGGUGGGCGGGAGGAUGUGCGACCGCUGUGGAAACACUAUUUCCUGGACAGCUUUGGCAUUAUCUACGUCAUUGACGGGAGCAAGUGGAAGAGACUGCCGGAAUCCCGUGCAAUCCUGCAGCAACUCAUGCAGAAUGAACUUCUUCAGACAAAGCCACUCCUGGUGCUAGUGAAUAAGCAGGAUCGACGGGAUGCAGUGGACCAUCUGGACGUCAUUGACUUCUUCAACCUCUCAGACUUUGCUGAUGCCUUCAAGAGUCCGACUCUCGUGGUUGGAGUUUGUGCCCUCGAGGAGGAAUCUAAAGAGCUCACAGAGGGAUUCCAUUGGCUAGUGACAGCGAUUGUGGAGAAUUAUGAAGUUCUGGUAAAGAGGAACCAAAUCCUGAGGGAAAUUGUGAAUCACAAAGGCAGGAAGGGAAGAUCCCUCAUCAGGACACUGAGUGCCAGAGUCAGGAAGAAGAAACGUUCCCUGGGCAGAAAAAUAGCCAGAAAUCGUCCCAGAACGGCUCCUCAUCCUCAAGACUGACCUCGAGAUGCCAAAAGGAAACAGCACUGGACAAAAGGAUUUUCUCAUCCGGGAAAAUUAAUACAAGAAUCUUAUUUGGUGUUGAAAUCUUUUUUUUCUCAUUUUCUCUCAUUUUCUUUUGAUUAUUUUUCAAUCCAAAAAAAGUCAUUCAACGAUGUUACAUUUUUUUGUUGUUUUUUUUUUGUAUAUCUCCAUCAUUAAAAAUAUAGAGUGUUUAAAUGUAAUAAUAAUUAUUAAAGGUAAUUCAAGGUUUUCUCUCUUGUAUAUGCAUAUUGUUUAGUAAAAUCAAUUAUGAUUAUCCGUGUUUUUUUUUUUCUUCUUUACAGUAAGAAUCUUAUUUCUUUUUUUUGACGCAUUUUUUUCUAUAUUAUUUUUUUUUGGGAUAUAUUUUUUUGUUUUUUACUUCGUUUUUUUUUAUUGUUUUUUUUUCAUUUCUUUUUGUUUUGCAGCCCAGAAGACAAGAACAAAAAUUAUCUAAAUUUAAAAAAUGCGCACGUUUUUGUUGUUGUUGUUGCUUUUUCUCAGUGUCUUGCAGUUAUAAGAAGCCUUCGAUUGGCCAAGUGUUUUUUUUUCGCAUUUUCUUAAAACUAUUUCACUUCAUUAUGUUUUCUCUCUCUUAUUUUUUUUUCUUUUAAAGUAUAUAUAUUACAAAUUUUAUAUCAUUUCAUUAAGACUAAAUUUUAUUUUUUUUGUAUAUUUUUUCUUAGUUUUUUUUCUCAUCAGUGUAAAUAUUCUAUCUCUCAUUUAUUUUUUAUUUUUAACACACUCGCAUUAUAUUUUAAUAAG